AAGGAGCCAAAGAAACAGAAGGUUGCACAUGCCAAAGGGCGCAGGGACGGAAACAAAAGGGCGAGCGAAGCGUAAAGGAAGUAGAAACGAAGUUUUUGGUACCUUGAGGAUCAGUUUGUGAUCGUGUUCUUCCAAGCCCGCUGUAGAGGAAAAAAAACCCCCGUUGUCCAGUGCAUUCCGCGAUAUUCCAAACAACUCCGAUUCGUCUGUACGCGUUGGGUAUGGGUCGCGUAUUAGGGUACGCAUUGGUGGUGUUUUUGCUAGGGUGUUGCUGGUGGGCAACUGCAGCGACGACGACGCUGUCCGGAAUUUACGUCGAUAACGGCGUCGGUCAGACGGUGCUGGAGGAUGCUCUCUCGUUCGAGGAGCAGCAGGAGAUCGAGAAUGAAAUUUUGAACCUGCUCGGGCUUCCGGGACCACGGCCGGCCGUCCGCCAUCUACAUUCCUCGGUCGGCAAAUCUGCGCCGCAAUUUCUGCUGAACGUCUACGAUCAACUGCAGCAGGAGGAGAACGAUGCCGCCAGUGGUGGAGCUGCCCAUAUACGAAAGGUUCGUAGUACAGACCUGGACAUCCUGAUUACCGAUGCCGACAGGAAAGCUAUUGAUGAGAGUGAUAUUAUUAUGACCUUUUUGAACAAGAAUCAUCACGGGUCUGAAAUGCGCCACGAGAAGGGUCGCCGUUUGUGGUUCGGGAUCACCAACAUCGAAAACGACGUCAGCGUACUGAUGGCCGAGUUGCGUCUUUAUCGAAAGCUGAACCUGAACAAGUACACCACCUACAACACGUCGCUGACACUGACGGUGUAUGCGCUAACCGAGUUGAACGGCGAAAGUGAAAUGACGGAAAUCUCGAGCAUGGAGCUGACGGGCGAUUACGAGGGUUGGUUGGAAGUUAAUGUUACUGGUGCGGUUAACCUGUGGCUCAAAAAUAGACAGGCCAACCAUGGUCUCUACAUUGGAGCGUACUUUGGAGAUCGUGUUGAACGGGAGGUGAAGCUGGAUGAUAUUGGAUUCGUUAGUGCGCGUGGAAGUGAUGAGUAUCAGCCAUUUUUGGUGGUGUACGCCAAUAGUCAACAGCAAAUGAUGAAGCCGAUUCUUCAGCGGCAUCUAACGCGCAAUAAGCGUAGCCAGCCAACACGCAAGCGCAAAAAUGGUAAAACCGAACACCGACACCCGUUCCAAUAUCAUCAGCCGUACGAUCAGCACAAGAGCUGCCGGAUUCAGCAGCUGUAUGUUAGCUUUAAAGAUCUGCAGUGGCAUGAGUGGAUUAUUGCACCGGAAGGCUACGGAGCGUACUACUGCAGUGGCGAAUGCAACUUCCCGCUCAACGCACACAUGAACGCUACCAACCAUGCGAUCGUACAGACACUGGUACAUUUAAAUCAUCCAACAAAGGUGCCCAAACCGUGCUGCGCUCCAACCAAGCUGGUUCCCAUUUCCGUGCUGUAUCACAUCGACGAGUCUAAUGUGAAUCUUAAGAAAUACAAGAACAUGGUUGUGAAAAGCUGCGGAUGCCAUUAAAGAGAGAGAAGGGAAAGCGAGGACGAGUAACGACACCGUCGUAACCUCUUCUUUCCUGUGUGUAGUGGAUUUUCAUUUUCUGUAACAAAAAAACAUUUUAAAGCACUUUUUUUUUUAAACAAGGGAGAAUAGGACCAUCGUAGCGCUUAAGUGUUUCCAGAGGAGGAAGUGACAACAUUUACUGAACAUAAUUAAGAAGUACGUACGUAUGAAGAACCUUUCGUGUGUUUUGUCUAUUAACACAUGUCGGAUGCUGUGUACUACUGCUUGCUUUGCUGACAUGAAACUUAAGCGAUUAUGUGCGUGCGGUGAUACUAAGGUUAAGGUGAGAUACUCCCGGUGAGCAACGCUAUGUUUCCCGUUUCGUCUAAACAUUGCACUUGCGGCAUCACCGAAGUUUUGGUAUCGUUGAAGGUACCUCUCCGUAUCAAUUGGUUGUUUUCCAGCUCAUAUUAGCUUAUCGAUAUGAGUCUGGCUAAAACAAGAUGGCGUUCGUAGCCUAGAAUCCGACACGCUCGUACUCUGCACACGCCGCAGCGCAACAAAAAAACAAAGUAUUAUUGGAAACAAUACAACUAGAACAAAAAGAAACAACCGCAACCAAUGUAUAUUGAAGUUAUUAGAUAAUGCUGAUCUACUUGUGUAUAAUAUACUCAGAAAAAGGGAAAUAAAACAACUCAUUUAUU